AUGCAACAAGACCAGGUGGCCUCCUUCAACUUCUGCAUGCAGAAGCCGUUGAAGACUCACCAAAAAACUGCUGGAUGCUGGGGCAUGGCCUUCGCCAUUUUGCACUUUGCCAACUUGGCAUUGCUACUUCACGAACAAAACCAUGGCCUCCAUCUCACUGACGAAGAAGAGGACAUCUACGAGCAUGGCUUCCAAAGUCAUGGGGUGACUCCAAGACAGUUUGCCAAGCUUCUAAAGGCUGGUGCCAAAUUUCAGAAUUAUGCGCCUGGAGAACGAAUUGUCGCUGCAGGUGAUGCAGUCCAACGAGUCCUCUAUGUAACAGAGGGAACUUGUGUUGCUGAGCGAGCUGCUGGAGUUGUGAACAUAGAGUACCACCAGGAUGUGUUCAUCGGCACACUAUGGCCAAAGGCUUGGCGAUCUGAAUUCCUGGGCAUUCCAUUCACAAACGAACCCAACACGAAUGAGGACUGGGAGGACUCCUGGCUCAUCGAACAAGCCGAAGCUCGUGGCUUGCGAAACCGUGGCACCAGCGACGACUUGCAUGCCCUGUUGAGGUCCGGCCUUGAGGAGAAGACUGGGCCAUUGACCAACGUCAGAGCAGGUUCAGCUUGGGUGUCUGAUGUAGUAGCAGGGCCAGAAGGAUGCCGACUGUUGGAGUGGCCCCUGGGGGUCUUCAGCUGUGCUGUGGGAGCAGAUGAGAGCCUUUGCACAGCUUUUCAGCAUGUCGAGACCAUGGGACUGGCCAGCAAAAUCGUGAAGGGUGCAAGCAGAAAGGCGCUGGAAGGAUACAAGGAAAUUCUUCGUGCUACACUCUCUGACAACAUGAUCAGACCAGAGGAGAAGAUGGCCCUUGACCGAUACCGGGCUCGUCAUGGAAUUCCUGAUGGUGAGCAUUUACAGAUGCUGGAGGGCUUUGGUUGGAGCGCUGAAGAGUUUAGAUGCGGCAUGAAGACUGGAUUUUGGUCAUCAUUGCGACAGAAAUGGAUGGCAACCCACAAAUCCUGA